CUUGUAGGUACAUACUCUACCUACUUUACCUGCCCGGGUUUGUUCCCUCCUCACGCUCCUUCCCUCCCAAAAUGCCACAGUGCCUCUGGUAGCACUUGCCGACUUCCAUAUCGCGCUUUCCAUUCAAGACAUCCACCCACACACCCACCCACACACUCAUUUUCAGCCCUCUUUUCCACACUCUCACCUACUCACCAACAACACCACUUGUUCAUUCGUUUCACUCGCCAUACCAUAACCCGACCAGACCAUACCAUACCAGAUUGCCCACAGCCGAGCCACUCGCCGCUUCUUUUCGAUCCACCAGACGGCCUCAGCCAUGUUCUUCCUCUUCUUCUUCACUUUCGUGCUCGCCACUCUGGCAGUGGCCCUCCCUUCACCUCUUCACAAGCGCUCUUUCAAGGCUCCAGUCCGUGGUCGCUCCAGCCAAGGCCCUCUGGACGACAUCCUUCGCGUUCACCAAAAGUAUCAAUGGGCCUAUGCUGUCGGCGCAGCGCCCGUGAUCACGACUACCACCCGCCUCGCCCCAGCACCCUUCCCCACCUCGAUCGUUCCUUCCACCACUUCAGCCACCAUCGGCACCUUGACCACAGUCUCUGUCCCGAGCAGUCCCGCUCCCGCUCCACCUCCCUAUCCAAAUUCCACUUCUACAGACGGCAACGAGGACGGCGAGGUGCUAGCCACUCCGGAGGCCAAUGAGAUUGAAUAUCUGUCCCCCGUUACUAUUGGGGGCCAGUCGUUCAAUCUCAACUUCGACACUGGAUCAUCGGAUUUGUGGAUGUUCUCCAGCUUGCUACCUGCCUCCCUUAUCGGCAACCACUCUGCAUACAACCCUUCCUUGAGUCAGACGUAUACUGAACUCGAGAAUGCCACUUGGUCCAUCUCGUACGGAGACGGAAGUGGGGCAUCGGGGACGGUGGGCUUCGACACGGUUGAUGUCGGUGGUACUACUGUCGAUAGGCAGUGCAUUGAGCUCGCCACCCGCAUCUCGACUGCAUUUACCCGGGAUCCUGCCAGCGACGGUCUGUUGGGACUGGGUUUCAGCAGCAUCAAUCGGGUCUACCCUACUCCACAGAAGACGUUCUUCGAGAACGUGAUGAAUGACCUUUCAGAACCACUGUUCACCGCCAAUCUAAUGGAUGACUCUGGCGCUGGCACGUACGAGUUUGGCGUCAUUGACGAGAGCAAGUACAAGGGAGACAUCCACUACGUAGACGUCGAUAACUCCCAGGGGUUUUGGGAAUUUCCCGUGUCGGGUAUACGAAUCGGCGCCAAUGAUACCCUGACAUGCAACGGCAAGUGCAAGUCAGCCAUAGCCGACACUGGAACUUCUCUGCUCUACCUGGACAGCGAUGUGGUGUCCACGUACUACGCGAAAGUGGCUGGAAGCCAGAUGUGGGACCUGAGCACUUACAUUUACCCGUGCGAUUCGACUCUGCCAGAUCUAUCUCUGGAUUUCGGCGGUCACUACAUCACUAUCAAGGGUGAGAAAAUGACCUAUCUGGCUUUCACUGGUGCAGUCAACGAUGGUCCUGCAGGGCAGUGUAUGGGUGGUUUGCAAGCAGGACCGAGCGGCCUGCAGAUUGUGGGCGAUGUCUUUCUCAAGCAGGUAUUUGCUGUUUUUGAUGGAGGAAACAUGCGUUUCGGCGUGGCUGAACAGGAGUAACGCGCCUCGCAGAAGCGGACCCAGACGCUUCGCAUACAGAUACAGAAGCAUGAUGAGACAGAAACAUGACGAGACAGACGUAACAUUCUAGUGCAGAUUAAAAGUUUGAGCGAAAUGACAAUGAAAUGAAAUGGUGACACUUUUGUUGCUACAACCCCC